GGCAUGAGAAUGAGCUAGCCUCCAGCACCUUAGGGGCCCGGCCAGCAGCCUACAGGAUACUCUCCCCUUUCCCCUCCCGUGACGGGGGGAAGGAUCCAAGGGUCCUUCCUGCACCCCCAACGUCCGCUGGGCUCCCACCUGGGCUGAGUAUGAGGCCAGUCACCAUGACACUGGAGCUGGUUCCUCACUUCCCUGACCUUGUCUGUCUCUCGCCCCCAAAGAGAUUAGUGUCCAGGUUACCCAAGCCUACAGCCGCUGCUUGGUGGCCUUGCCACCCCCACACCCUGCAGGUAUAAAGUCAGGUGGCCAAGGUAGGGAAGGCAUCAAGAAUGGAGAGACUCCAGGGGCUGCUACUGUGGCUGUUGCUGAGCCCAAGUGUGGUAGGGGCCUCCAGGGGCCCCCUGCGGCCACUGUGCCGGCCUGUCAACGCGACCCUGGCUGCAGAGAACGAGGCCUGCCCAGUCUGUAUCACCUUCACCACCAGCGUCUGUGCCGGCUACUGCCCCAGCACGGUUCGAGUACUGCCGGCUGCCUUGCCGCCUGUGCCCCAGCCUGUGUGCACCUACCGUGAGCUGCGCUUCGCGUCUGUGCGCCUCCCUGGCUGCCCCCCUGGUGUGGACCCCAUGGUCUCCUUCCCCGUGGCCCUCAGCUGCCGCUGCGGGCCCUGCCGUCUCAGCAGCUCUGACUGCGGGGGUCCCAGGGCUCAACCGCUGGCCUGCGACCUCCCCCACCUCCCCGGCCUCCUCUUCCUCUGAGGAGCUGGCAGGUCUUCCAACUGCCCCUCCCAAUAAAGGCUAAUUUACAACUGCA